AAGGCAAGGCGCUGGCAAGAAGAAAGACCUGGGUGCUAAAAAAUGGCUCAUAAACCAGAGGUCUUCCUGAAAGGCAAGUACAAGAUAUUCUUUGGCUUGAACAAUGAAUUUCGAAUAUGUUAUAAUGAUACCAGGCCCUUAACCGACAAUUACUGGCAAUCCGUGAACCCCGUGGUGAAAUUAGUGCCCACGUUCAUGCUGCAAUUAACCAUCAUCAUAUUGUUUAGUCGUGUUCUGAUGCUCUUCCUCAGACCUCUUCGUCAACCUCGCUUUGUUGCUGAGAUUCUUGCUGGCAUUGUGCUUGGUCCAAGCGCUCUGGGUGACAUAAGCUGGGUAUCAAAUAAUAUCACUCCUUUCGAGACGGUUUUGUGUAUGGAGACAUUGGCGAACCUUGGCGUCACCUUCUAUAUGUUCCUAGUGGGUCUCGAGAUGGACUUGACCCCAAUUCGGAGGAUCGGAAAAACAGCUUUGAGCAUUGCCAUUGCUGGUAUCAUUUUGCCGAUGUCUGCAGGAGCGGGGUUGUAUUACCUGGUGUGGGAAAAACAAAAACAACGAGCGCCUUUCAUAGGUGCUUUCUUCUGGGCUAUUGCCCUCAGCGUUACAAGCUUUCCGGACCUAGCUCGGAUGCUUUCGGACCUCAAGCUCAUGUACACGGAUCUUGGUAAAACGGCCCUGACUGCAGCCGCUGUCUGUGAUGUAUCUUCCUGGUUUCUUCUUGUGGGAACAAUAUCUUUGAUCAAUGCACAUGAGAAACUGCACGUGGCAAUCCCAGUCAUUUUGAGCAUGACAGCCUUCUGGUUCAUGAUGCGUCCAUUAAUCGCUUGGUUGAUGAAACAAGCUGCAGCAAGCAAAGAAACAUCAACAGAAGGCAAAUAUAGUGAUACGCACGUGUGUCUCAUUCUAUCAGGGGUGGUCUUUUGUGGAUAUAUCACAGAAUUAUGUGGCGCACAUUCCAUUUUUGGAGCUUUCAUGUUUGGGCUCAUGAUACCCAGUGGAGAGCUCGGGACUACGAUCAUGGACAAAAUUGAGGAGUACGUUGUAGGGAUCCUACUGCCGCCUACCUUCCUGGUUACGGGUUCGAGAACCAAUCUUCUAUAUAUGUUUGCUGACUUUCCUCUUGGAGUGGCUCUGCUAGUCAUACUUCUCGCUUGCUCUGCCAAGAUCGUGAGCACUCUUCUCGUCUGCCUGUACUUCAAGUGCCCAAAGCGAGAUAGUUUGGCUCUUGGAGUCCUGAUGAACGCCAAAGGUGUUCUUGUGCUCAUUGUUCUUAAUGAAGGUCGAAACAUGAAGGGUUUUGACCAGCAAACGUUUUCUUGGAUUGUGUCUGCCCUGUUGAUUAUGACCAUCAUUAUUUGCCCGAUAGUCAGUUUCACUCACAAGUCCGCAAGACAUUUGAAGCAAUACUAUCAUAGGAACUUGGAGAAAAGUAAAGACGCACCACUUCGAUUCCUUGUAUGCGUUUAUUCCACCAGGAACUUGUCCGGCUUGAUUAAUCUCUUGCAAAUCUCAAAUGCCACGAGAAGAUCCCCAAUCACAGUCUUUGCUGUCCAUUUGGUUGAGCUCACGGGACGGGCCACAGCUAUGCUAAUUUUCCACGAUAAGCAAAAGGAAGCAGAUGUUGGGAAGAAUGCCACUCGAGAAAAAGCUGAGGCGGAGCAGAUUGUCAGUGCCUUUGAAUCCUUCGAGAACAACAACCAUGCAGCAACGGUUCAGCCACUAACAGCAGUGUCCCCUUACGACACCAUGCAUCAGGACGUGAGCAACUUUGCACUAGACAAGCAUGCCAAUAUCAUCUUGAUCCCAUUUCACAAGCAACCAAGUGCCGACGGUGGAUGGACCGAUGAAAACCUCCAGCAUAAACAAGUGAACCAAAAUUUGCUGGCGAGUGCACCUUGCACCAUUGGCUUACUUGUGGACCGUGGCCUGACUUCAUCCGUUUGCGCAGAAUCACAAAAUGGCUGGCGGGAAUGUGGCAUAGCCAUGUUGUUCGUUGAGGGACCUGAUGACCGGGAGGCAUUAGCUUAUGCCUGGAGAAUGGUGGGCACGCCAGGCCUAAAUCUAACCGUAGUGCGAUUUCUUCCAGGAAAAGAUGUCUAUGACAUGAGCGAGAACGCUCCAGAAGAUGACGAGUCAGGGAUUUUCACAGCCAUGUUUGAGAGAGAAAAGGAGAAGCAGUUUGACGAUGAUUAUGUGAAUGAGUUCAGGUUUAGGACAAUGCAUGAUAAAUCCGUAGCUUACAUUGAGAAACAAGUCAACAGUGGAGACCAGAUUGUAUCGAUCGUAACUUCAGAUUACAACAACUUCGAUUUGUACAUAGUAGGAAGAGGACAUGGCACAAUAUCUCCAUUAACAUCAGGGUUAUCAAACUGGAGUGAUUUCCCAGAGUUGGGACCGCUCGGGGAGACAUUAGUAUCAACAGAUUUCGAAUCCCCAACCUCAGUUUUGGUUGUGCAGCAAUCUGCUCCUCCCCCAAGUGGAUCAAAGAGGUUCAGGAGCUCUGCUCCUAGUACGGGGAUAUUUGGAAAUAGCAUGCAGUCUGCUGUAGAUACUUUUGUCAACCACAGAAGAUCAGAUGAUGACUAUUGAUCAAAUGAUCUGAAAUGAUAACAGUCAAAUGUCUUUUUUCCUCUCGCAUUAAUUCUAAGGAUGAAAUGAAACAAUCCAUUCAUUCUUUUUCAUUUAGA